GUUUCCCUGUCGAAGGGGACGAACGAAGGGGGCUGACACGUAACUUGGUGGAACAACAGGAGGUGGGGAAGCGUGUAUGGAUUAACGCGAGUUACCCAAGGAAAGCUUUUAGGGUUUUCUUUGUGUUUCCCGUAGAUCAGACUGAAGAUAAACGUUAAGAAGGUUGGAACACAUAAGGCUUUCUAGCAUUAUAGUUUAUAGCAGGUAAACAAAAACAAAUUCUGUGGACUCCACCUCCAAGGAUUGAGCUACUCUCUUCACGUAAAGUUUUAGGGACUUAGUGAAAAGGAGAUACCUGUAAGUUGUCCCUAAGUUGCUGCCUUUAGUUGGAAGCGAUCUUGCAGGCGGAUUGUAUAGCUGCAGGCGAUGCAUUUCCAGAUGGUUGUAGCGUGCAGUUUUUCGUGGUGAAGCAGUGGGUUCCGUCGUUGUCAUUUGUCCAGAGGGAUACAGGAGCGAAAAUAUGGGAACCGGCAUGUGUUCCAGAAAACAAAAACGGAUUAUCCAGAGCCUCUUUCUCCUGACUGUAGUGGUAGUCUUUUUGUACGGAGGGAUGUUGUACUUCGAACUGCAGGAUAGGCUACAGAAGACGCAGGCUUUGGCUUUGAAGUACCAACAGCAUCAGGAAUCCCUGUCUGCACAGCUGCAAGUUGUAUAUGAGCACAGAUCAAGACUAGAAAAAUCCUUGCAGAGGGAAAGACUUGAACAUAAAAAAGCUAAAGAAGAUUUUCUUGUUUAUAAAUUAGAAGCCCAGGAAACACUAAAUAAAGGAAGGCAAGACUCCAACAACCGAUAUAAUGCACUGAAUGCACAACAUCAACUGGUAAAGAGCCAACUUGAUGAAUUAAAGAAGCAGUACACGCAGUUGCAGGAAGAACAUGAAAAACUUGAAGACAAAUACAGCAAAACCAGUAAUGAUCACAAACUCAAGUAUCUGCAGUUACAGCAAGAUAAGGAACAAGAUCUCUCCAAACUAAAGGAAAACAUCUACAACUUGCAAGAAGAAAACCGACUACUGAGAAAAGCACAUCAAGAUGUCCAUGUUCAGCUCCAGGAUGUUAAGCAAAAGCAUAAGAAUUUGUUGUCAGAACAUGAACAUCUGUCAGUGACUUUGGAAGACCACAAGAAUGCGCUCGCUGCUGCACAGGUUGAGGUGGAAGAAUAUAAACACUUGAAAGAGACACUCAAUAAAAUUCCCAGCUUUAGACAACCUGGACAGACUGUACAUUUGGCAGAAGGACUGAAACCCCAACAGAUUCCUGAUCAAAAAGUGGAAGUUGAUCAUAAAGCUGAAUUGCAGCAGGAGCACGAAGACAAAAAUAAUGCAGUUGAAGAACAGCAAGAAGUGCAGAAUGUGCACAUAGUAAACAAAUUUGAUCACAAUGCAUGGCAGAAAGAAGCAGACGGUCAUGAACAGCAUAACCAGCCAGUGGUGGAAUAUGAGCAGAGGAAGGAGAUGCAGGAAGAGGAGAUGGAACAGGCUGGGCAACCUGAGCAAUUAGAGGAGGAACCAGACCAGGUUCAAGAAGAGCUGGAGCAUCAGCAGGACCAAGAUGAAAAGAGGCACAUCCAGGAGGACUCAAACAAACUGGCAGAGCAGCAAAAGGAAGCUACUGUUACAAAGGGUGUAGAAAGACGCAAGUCACCAUAUGAGGAGCAGCUGGAGCAGCAACGUCUUUUAUCCCAGAAGGCUGAGGAAGCCCGGAGACUGAGAGAAGCUGCCCUUCACCAGCAGAGAUUGCAAGAACAGUUUCAAAGACAAAAACAGGCUGAAGAAAAUGAAGUGAAGAUGCAACACGAGGUUAAGCAUGAGGAGGAGCCAUUCCAUCAGGAUAAUUUUAGGCAUAAGUCCCGCUAUGAUAACAUUGACCAGGAUAUUGUACAAGGAGAUGAAGAGCAAGGAAUGCAAGAAGAGGAAAACCCUGAAGUGGGUGUUAACCAUGAGCAAGAUGAACAUAUGGGAAAUGGGAUGGAACUCCAGCCACUUCCAUUAGGGCGCAAUGGUGUGCACCAACAUUUGCAGAAAGCAGCUGAUGAGGAUGUGAAUCCAGCAGAUGAUCCUAACAAUCAAGGAGAGGACGAGUUUGAAGAAGCUGAGCAGGAAAGGGAAGAAAACCUUGCCGAUGAUAAUGAGGAGCAGAAACCUCAGCAGCAGCGCCAGAACCAGAACCCUGAAGUUGAAGAACACCUUGUGAUGGCAGGCAAUCCUGAUCAGCAAGAGGACAAUGUGGAUGAACAUUACCAAGAGGAAGGAGAAGAAGAGGUUCAGGAAGACUUAACUGAAGAGCACAAAAGAGAACCUGACAAUGCUGAAGAACAGUAUGGUGAAAACAAUGAGGAAAAUGAUGAUCGGAAAGGUCAUAGAGGAGUAGAUAGAGAAGAGGCUGUAAAUGCCAACAAGCCUGAAGAAGAAGUGCAUGAAGAUGAAAACUAUGAAGAAGAUGAAGAGGCGCAAGAAGGAAAGCAAAAUGAAAGAGCAGAGAUGUGAUGAAGUUCUGCAUCUCAUUGUUUCUGUUAAUCCAUGUUACAAUAAUUUUACAAAAGUUGCUUCCAAAAGGAGUCUUUCCUAUGUAGUUUCAGAAUUAUUUCAAUUCGAGAACACACAGCAAUUUGACCAUAUUUCACGCUUUUACAGCCUACCAGUGCAUUAGAUUAAAAUGCUUAUUUUAAUUACCAUAAUUUUAAGUCACAGAGAAGAUUACAUAUCAAGGAUUAUAUUUUCUGCUAAUGAAACUCUUCACAGGUUUUAUCAAAAAUUAUAUUAUGAUUAAUGUCUCAGAGCAUAACUUGUGGUGCCAUUUGCAAUGUUUCUCUCUCUCAUAGGUUUGGAAAUGAGCAUGAGAUGUUUCAGAGAGAGGCAAUUAAGAACUGUACAGUUAAAAAUGUAUUUCUUUGAUGGUGCAGAAGACUGCUACAUCCUGGUUCACUACAGCCAGUAGCAACAUAUGAAAGAUCUGCAGUCUGUAUAACAGUGGUGCCUCCGACUUUGUUAUCCACAGUCCAUACUUACACUUAAUGUCAUUGUCCUCCCACUGUUGUUUCUGUAUUAGAAGUCUAGGUAGACAUAUACAAAAAGGACUGCAGGUCAGAAAAUGCAUAGAUUUAAGAAUGAACCAUAAUUAUUAGAAACACCAAACCAGAACUCUCAGCAUCGCAUAGAGAGUCUUGGUCUGUUCAACAAUGUUAGACUAGGAUAGAAGAAGCUCUUGAUUAGCCUGUUAUGGAGAAUAAACUGUAGGGCACCUGAGAAGAUGUAAACUCAGGGAGAUAAAUUGGUGUCUCUUUAAUUAAUGAGGAGAAGUGUUGCAUUACUUCUGGAUGAUUGUGGUUUAAAUUGUUAUAGUCUUGUAACUGACCUUCUGGUACUUUCCUUUUUGAUAUGCCCUGAGAAAGGUGGUAAGUGGUACUUUUUGAUAUUGUAGUUUUAUUGCCCAGAAGUAAAAUUCAUGUUAUCUGAAUUAUUCCUCUAAACAUGAUAAUAAGGUACUUGAUUGUUAACUUGAUAAUAUUAAUGUAUGAAUGAUUCAGCCAUUAUUUUACAUAAAUGUGUUCUAAUUUAUGAAGACAGCCAAACAUUUUAAAACAGUAAUACAGUAUAAAAUAUUCUGGCCCUACAGAUAUCUGUGUAUAUGGAAGUCAUUACAAAGUCUUACAGGUGGUGCAUGCAGCUGGUUCCUGGCAUGCUUUUACUUUGUGGUUUGAUGCAGUGAGUGUACAUGUGAUAUCCUUCCUGACACUCUCUCAUUACAUGCUUUUCCUUCAUCUCAGGAUCACGAACCCAUGUGUAUGAUCCUCCCUCCUGUCAUAUGCAGUGGCACCCAUCUGAAAAGGAGAAAACAUGUCUGAUACCUUGCUUCCUAGGUCUUUCUUGUAAUUUCUACACUGCAGCUGUCAUCCCAAUGUGUAUCAUUGCAAAGCUUUUGCAUUCACUAACUCACUGACUACAAAUUCAAGACAUCUUGUGUGUUCUUGAGGACUUCUGAUCUGAUGUGGACCAGGUCUUCAGUCCAGCUAACCAGAUAAGGACAGGUGAGAAGUUGAUGAAUCAUUAUGUACAAGUUGUCUGCAGUGGAAGGAGACUAGCACAGGGAUCAGUCACAGAUUUAUUUUUCUUUUUUUGUUAAUACUUUUUAUUGAAGUUUUCAUUGUGUCAACAAAAUACUUCAUAGAAAAUGCAUGGAGUGAAAACUGUGAACCACUAAAAAUAGUGUACAUUAUAUACAAGAUAAAAGAAUAUAGCAACUGAAUGUACCACAAUUCCAUGCAGAGUCCAGAGAGACCUAAGGUGUAAGAUAUCAGGAGGUCCAGCUUUGGUUGGUCAAGCUUUAACCUAUCUUCAAAUCUGGUGUUGGUCAUGGAGACAGACUUCAGUGUUGUAAGCUUCCCUUUUAGCCAAAUGUUGAGCUCCUACUGUCAUUCCUCAUAGGACUGUGGUUGAAGCUGAAAACGGUGCAACCUACUAUUCAGAAAAUGAUCGGUGACUUGUUACUGCCUUUUCCCAUACUCAAGUACAUUUUGGUGGUUGCCUAAUGUAUUAUUAACCUUAGAAGCCUUAAAUACAUCACCAAGGUUAAUGUCUGGUCAGAGGAUGUCUUCUUCUUCUGUCACCUUUUUUCCAAGCUGAAACUUGCUCACCAUUGGUGGAUAAGAUGGCUUUAGCAAGCUCUUACAGGUAGUCCAACAUAGUUUGGGCCUUUGGUUGCCCAUGUUUAUGCAGUGUGCUUAGUAUGUGCUGGGAAAGGAAUAAGGGGUUGAUGUAAGAACAUGUUUCAUUAGUGUGAUGCAGUGCCAUUGCACAGCCCAGUGCCUGCAUCUCAACCUGACAUCUUCCAGCGACUCUUCCCCACAUUAUGGUUCUGUUUUUUAAGCAGAUGAAUGAAGUUCCUCCAAUGCCUGCCAGAGGACAGAGAUCCUGGUUGGCCCCUUUAUAUGUUAGUCAAAGAAGGUAUUCUGCUUCCACUUGUAGUUCUUCAUGGCAGGAACUGUAAGGAAAUUGAGGUCCUUGUCAAUAAGAUGAACAGGUGUGAUGACUAAUUGAUGACCCUUCCUUUGUGCUUACUGAAUUAUGAGGUCUUCUCUAGACUGACUGCUUGGAUCCCUGUCUUCAGAAAAUGCUUAUCCAAUAUUUGGAGAGAGGAGAACACUUAAUCUUUUCAUGGACAAAGUUUGCCUCAUUUGUAGCUUGGGAGCAUCCACAUACUAGGUAUUCUCUUAACAAAAAUGUGGCCACCAUUUACAACCUUUCACCACUGAGUGGUACUAAAUUCCAUACAAAUGUUCUAAAGCUGACUUCUGUUUGCCAUUCUCUUGGUCCAGCAUAUUAUUCAGCUGCCGCAGCAUUUGGUCAUUUUGCCAUAGGAUAACAAGUCCAAAGCUAUGGAUAAGUUUGGCAAAGAGGGUUUUCUUUUUGGGGCUCUUAGCUGUUUGUCUCCUUCUCCAAAUUAUGUCCUUAUGGCCAAGGCUAGUCUCUCUGAGCUUUCAAUUUCCAUUUUUCAGAAAUCUGUGGAGACUCAUGUGAAUACAGAGUCAUUGCUUGACUUCCAAGUACUAACCGUUAGUGUGUUGAACAGUACCACAUGGUCUGGUAGGGGACUGUUCUUUUUUUGGGGAGCUUCUUCAAACUGUCUUGGAUGCACACUUUGAUAAGGGUUCUUUUCCAGGGAACUUAUUAGAGGUGAAAUGUGAUGUCUACUUUGAACAGUAUGAGCAUACUCUCACCAAUCCAUCAUCUUGUAUAACAUCCCAUGCCUCCAGGAAGAAAACUCCUCCUUGUAGACAGAAGAGAUAACCUAAUGUUAGACAGUGCUGCCUCCUCCAACUUAAAGACACCUGAGAGACAAGCACAGCACAAUAAUGCAACAUUCAUAAAUAAUAAGCAAGCAGAAUGAGACGCAGAUGACUAUUAAAUCCAGAAUAAGGCCUUUACUGAGUGCUAAAACACAAGCGCUUUCACAAAUAAGCUUCUUCAGGUGUGUGCCAGGACUGACUUUAUGAGGCCAGUUGUCUGAAUUUGCCCCCAUGGUAAGCCACCCCUCAAGACAAGUGUGUCUUAAAUGUAUUAAAAAAGGCUACUUUCUAAAGCUACAUAGCUUUACCAGAAGCAGAUAGAAACUUCUGAUGUGGUCGUGUUUGCUAUACCUCAGAGAUGCCACAUACCCUGUGCCAGUCUCAGAACAAAGAAGCAACUUUUACUGACAUUUUUUUCAUGAUUAUAAAGAAGUAGGUUUCGGGGGGAGGAUAGACUUCAUUAUCCUCAGCAAGCUGCAGCAUGCACAUCUGAUAUGCUACAUGCUGAAUGUUCAGCAUGCAGUCCCUAAUAUCUGUGCUAUGUUAUGGGCUUUUCUUUUAUUCAUGACAUAAGAUGACACAUUCUGACAUUUCAAGGUAUAAGAACCCAGGGGGUUAUUGCACUUUAUAUUGGAUCUGCAGCAUCUGUAGUAAAAUGUGUUGUUAUUUGCCUCCAAAAUUUGUUGACUGUUUUUGUUUGUUAACCAGGUAAACAUACUGUACAAAAGUGCCACUGUUUGGGGGCAGCUUAACAGCACUCUGAUUAAAUGAGUUACUUCAUCAAACAGUAAACAGUUACCAUUUGAGGGAAUGUAACCCAAGACUACAGGAUGAUGCUUAUUACCAGCCCAUAUCUUUGAUCUUUUGCACCAGCCUGCUAUAUGCCAUUGUUUAUCAAAACGUUUGUAGUGCUUUCCUGUCCCAUGGUGUAGAGAGAAAGAGAAAGCCCUGACUACAUUCCAAACUAGUGUUGGUGGUGGUAUUGAAGGGAAACAGUCAGGGAAAGGUGAGAGUGAGUAGCAAAUGCUGGCUUGCCUAUCCUGGCAGAAGAGAGGCAGCUAGGUGUUCUGUAUUGGUGACGACUGCAAGAAUAUAGGUAUAUCUCCAGCAGCAUGUAGAGCAUAGCAUGUCCAUGCUGCAUGUGGUGUGCUGCUUGGUCAGAAGGUUGCUGAUACAAUGAAACAUGCAUGCACCUCCUGAUGGCAGUGUUCUUAGAGUUCACAAGCUGUUAAGAGGUUGAUGAUAGGACAGUCUGCGAGACAGUCUGCGAGAUUUGCAGGUUGGCAAACUCCAUAAUACCCAUGUCUCAUGUCCACCAGGAAAAUAAUGGGUCACGGAGAUCUUGCCCCAGUAGGGGAAUGAAUGUGUCAGUUGUGUGGUACAAGAAGGAGAGUCAUUGGGCCAGUCCUGUGAAAUAGCAAACAAACAAGGUGUGCCUUGGUGGCAGAGUUGCUGAAGGACAAUCUUCUUGUACCUGAAUAACUGGCUAAUGGGGCCCUCAUCUUGGCUCCCUUUUGGUUGUCAUUAACCAGAUUUUUCCAUGGUUCCAGUCCCUCAGUGUAGUAACAGUUGUGAGAAAGUCACUUUUCUGCUUCUGCAAAGGAUUUCCUUUAAUAGGUGGGUGCACUAUUUCAUGUGUCAGUCAUCUAUCCUCCGGUAAAGGACACACUAAAUCAGGGCUUUGGCCUUCUAGAGUAAAUGCAGACACAAAAGGCUGCUUGUAUUUUGCAGUGCUUACUAUUAUUUUUGGAAGCUAGUCUUUGCUGUAUCCAUGGUGUGUUUCUGCAUAAGGGUACUUCAGUAGAUGUUGUAUUGUCAUUCCCUGAGUAAUUUUCAUUACAUCUCAGAUUGCUACUAGAUUUGGAUCUUUCCUGUAGCUGUCUGGAAUGGUGGGCCUUGUCAAACCAGUCUGGAUGUGGGUUCCUUUUUACUUGCUUUGCUUUGACUCACAUUCUUGCAACAAAUGUGUUAUUGGUGGGAUGAGGAACAUGCAUUGUUUCUCCUGUGGUCCAGUGGAAGUGGGUUUCUGUUACAUAUAGCUCUCUAAGAGCUGAAAGCUCUUGCUUUAGAAACGUAGCAAAUUUGUUUGAUGCCUCUUGAUGUCCUGAUGAUGGUAUUGGACAACCAACUUGUAGUUUGGCAUCUGAAAAAAGUGUGUUGGGGUUUAUUGUGUUCCUCUUCCUUCUGCUGAGCAGUCAGUGAGCCCACCAAUCAAGACAUUUUCUUUGUGGCAUUUUAUAUCCCAGAGGAGUCAAACCUCAUUGCAGACUUGCGGAAAUAGUUGAAGUCUUCUGAAAAUGUGCCAACAGCAGAUAAGUAUUCACAUUGUCUUCAGAGAUUAGUCUGCUAGCAAUGUAUUGCCCUUCACUUGUGCAAGCAGCUGAUGUCAGCAGGAUGCCUUAAUCAUUUCCUGCCUGAGAGAGAUCUUGUCACACUCUCCCAUUGAAGACCCUUUCCUCCCGUGGACAAUAACUUUGCAGUUGACAGAUCAGUCCAUUAAUCCUUUGGAGUCCACUGGGAUGGCAGUUGUGAAAGUUUGUAUUUGGAAGAUAGUGGUGGCGAUCACAUCUGCCAGGCAUCCAUUAGUUCUUAACCACUUUUCUUUGAAUAGGGAUUUCAAACUCUUAUUCACCCAGUUUAUUAAUUUUCUUGACUUUAUUCUAGUUGAUAAAAUGCAGAAUGCAGAAUUAGGGACACCAACACAUACUCCUUGGAUUUACACUUACAGCUGAGACUGUAUUACUGGUAACUUUAUCUGUUCAGUAAAAAGUAAGACCGUAUGUGUUCUUUUCUUCAGGUAUGGAGAGGUUGGUAAUUGUUGACUACAUCCUGUUCAGGUGCAGUCAACUGAAUUGUCUUUUUCCAUUAUGUGACCAUCUAGCAUUUAACCAGUGACGAUAAAGGGUAGUUCUACUAGAUGAGAACCGUAGUUGCUUUCAUUGCUUCUUUCAGUAUGUAUCCAUUGUAAACAUAUGUGCUGGGACUAUCUACUCCAUAUUGCAUGCAUUUACCAAAGCACAUUGUCUGCCUUCUAAUGCAUUUCUUGUAUCAAACAAUCUGUCUUACAUGCCUGCCUUCCUCCAUGUAGGGAUAUGCAAAUACUGCAGUGGUUCUGAAAGCAAGAUGUCAGAAGUACAUGAUUAUUCAUUAUUUUAUGCUACUCUUAAACAGUCAUCUGCACUUUUUCUAACAUUUCUCAUUGUCACCUUUAUAGACUUUUGUUUAUGCAGAUCAAGACACACUUCAUCUUUAGAUGUGCUUGAAAUGGGAAAUAUGUAUCUGGUGUGCUCUCCCAGUCCAGCAGCAUAAAAAAGGAGACUCUAAUCUGAAUGCCCACUGCAGAGAGGCCUUCUCAGGACUGAGCCGAUAUACUAAUGACUUGCACCACCAUUCAUUUCUUUAGCCAUCUGUAUAAUACUUCUGGUGCACACUGCAAUAGUUUCAGUUCUCAUGUAAAUCUGUACAAUUUUGAAGAAUCAUGUUGAAGGUCAAGUUUAUGCAGAUUAGAAUAUACAUCCAACCAUUGGCAGCCCCUUUUCCCCAUUUUUAUUUUCUUACAAAUGUUUGUUCACAUCUCAGCAUUUCUAGAACCUCUGUAGACAUCUGAGGUUGUUCUAACCAUCUGUCCCCAUUGAUUGCUGUCUUGACCACAUGGCUUUCUGCUUCACCCCAAGAAUCAUUAUUGGGUGGUGCUCUGCCUCUCUCCUGUAUAGACCAUAUUUUUAGUUCAUGGGUAGUUACACAAUGGAGAACCUGUCAUACGGACUACACAGCUUCUGUGUAUCUGCUUGUUUUCACAUUUUCUUGCCCAGAAUGUUGAAGGAAGCAAUGGGUGUCUGUCAAUAUUUGUGUUGUAUAGGAAUAUGUACUCAUAAUUUCUUGAGUUUCUGCUUAUCCUGUAGCUUGCGUUUGUAUAGGUCUCAUAUCAACUAUAUUUUAAAUUCCUCAGUAUGUUGUGAGCACCAUCUAAUGUGCAUAAUCUAGCUUUCCCCAUGCAUCCUUGCAGUAACUCAAACUUAAUUUGAAAUCCUGGAGCUCAGUGAAUUUCAGAAUUAACUUUGCAGUGAUUGGCUGGUCAGCUCUUUCACUGAGACAGACCAUUCACCUUCAUAAGUGGAUGGCAAACAACUUGCAACUUUGCUUUGGUAAAUAACUUUGCUCGUGUUGGCAAAUACACCUUCAUUUAAUGUUUUGGGGUAUGGCAUAAAAUAAGUUUAGAUUAGAUCCCCAUCAUGUCAGAUUUAGUGUGUCAGGGCUGCAUUGUCAGUGUCCACUGCCAUAAGCAAAAUGUUUCUUGAUUUUUCACAAUUCUCUGGUACAUUUAAGCAAGAGAGGAAACUAGAUGUUCACAAUAGCAACACUGCUAUCAGUGAUCUGUUGUCAUCACUUUGUAAGUGAUUUUAGUUUCCUCACUUUUGUGUAUUUUAUAAAACCUGAUUUCUUUCUCUUUCUCUUUUUCGUUACAUUAUUUUCUAUGCAGCUGAACAAAAUUAAGGAUGAGAUAGCAGGUAAACAUAAGAGCAUGUUAUAAGUUACGAUCCUGCCUUUAGAAAUAAAUGAGAUGAGCCUAAAGAUCACUGCCUGCAAAUAUCAUGUGGUAGAUGCAAGGGCAAUGGCAUAGAGAGGUAAAGCCCUCACUACAGUGCAGGCAACUAGGGUUCAGUUAGCAUCCCAGGCAUCUGAGGCACUGACUGAGAACAAGCAUGCAUGUCCUGGGAGGGGAGGAGGGAGGGGAGCAUGCAUGAGGCACACAGUUUGGUUAGAUUUUCCUGGCAGAGGCCAAGGAAACAACAAUGAAGUAUUUUCUGUGGGUUAGCAGAGCAACUUGCUGAUGUCCACUUCCUUGCAGAAGUAAAGAGCAAAUCAGUCCUGUCAUCCCAUUGCAUGCAUGUUACUGGGGCAUGCAUGGCAGGGGGAUGAGUUGGGAAAACACUCUUGGCAACAGUGUGACACAGAUCCAGGAUGCCUUGAUCUCCACUGUAGCCCAACCCCUACGUGUAGUGUGCUCAGGGUAGGCUAGGAGGGCAGGAAGAGACACCAGGGUCCACUGAUGGGCAUCUGUGGGAUACAAAAAGAGUACAAAAAGUAUGUUAUGUGGUAAAGUGUACAGAUAUUCAAGUCUUGAUUAACAGACCACUCAAAACAUUCACAGCAUAACAUUUGAAAGUCUAAACAAUGCCAUCAUUGUUGGGGUCAAAGACAAAAUAAAUUUUUGUAGGAAAACAUGCGACACUGUAUAAGCAUCAUGAUUAAAAUUGUUUUAUCAAUGAACAUUAUGUUAUCAGUGUACAGCUGUAGUAUUCACUGGGAAAUGUGUUGCAGGCUGAUGCGCUGGUUAUUGGAAACUUUGUACUAAAAACAUUUUGAACUGGUGUUUCGUAAAUUAAAUGUUAAUACCACUGUAAAAGAAAUGUUUCACUAGCCAUGCAGUAUUUACUUGCAUGAUUACUGGUUAGUUGUUGUGUACUAAGGUAAAUGCAUAAUGGCUCACAUAUGGUAUAUUAUUUUGAAAAAAAAGUGAUGCCCUCAAAAAAAAAAAAAAAAAAACAAAUGUUACUGAGCUUUUAUUCAUCUUGACACUGCUAACCCUUACAAAAUGUGUUCUGAAUUUUUAGUAGAUGUAUUUUAUUUUGAGUCACGUUUUCCAUAAUAAUAAUAUUUUGGAUAUUUAUAAAUGGUUAUUUGCCUCAUAUUGAUAAAAAAAUAUUUGUUUUUUGUUUCAGAUUUGAGCAGUGUGCCAUUUCAUAUGUUGUGUUUCCAUUUUAGUUAAACUUUUUAACUAAAUUAACCUAGCACAGGUCACAUUGACAUGUGAAGGUAAAUUGUUUACUAAGUUGGCAGCACUGUAAUAUGUAUAUUAUGUACAUAAUGAAUCGUCAGAACUCUUAUUUUGAUAAAGUACUUUGUAUUUGAAAUGCCACAGUUGCAUUAUUUAAUAAAUAGCAACAUAAUUUGAACCUGGUCAAUAAAGCUGAGAUUGGGUCAGCA